CACGUAUAUUUGGCGCUCUUCAUUCACGACCAGCCUGGCGCGUUUUUGAAAGAGCAACACACGUCAAGAAUAAUGUAUCCUGGAUUAAAACUCGCAACAAUUCGGAAAAUGCGAGUUUAACGUUUUUCAUUUUGCGUUCAUAUAUCCGUGGCUGACAUGUGGGAAAUGUUUCGACCACUUUUGGGACCAGCGAGGAGCGGAGUUACUUUGAGAGUAGCAUCGAGCGAAGUCUGCUAGCUUGUUGUUUUACAGCGGACUUUGUAUGUCUGCUGGCAACAAACAGCUGUCCUCCUCACACAAUGAACAUUGCAUCUGUUGUUCAUUCACACAGACGGGAGCGUGAAUAAGAAACGCCAAGAAGACAGUCUCUGAAGUUACAGCAUUAUCGGUCUCUUCAAAUUAUGGCUGGUGUUGUGGCUAUGGCAUCUGUCAUUGAGGACUUUGACACCCAGCCUUGCAAGAAGUCUCGCAAAGAUGGUGGCAGUCCUGUUGUCAAGACAAUCACAAACUAUUUCUCUCCGGUGCCCAAGCCCGUGGAGAAACCUUUCUCUCCUCCUCGCUCCAACAACAUCAGGGACUACUUUAGCCAAAAGUCUCUGUCUUCUAAAGUAAAGACCAGCUCACCAGAACAGUCUAAAGAGAACUGUCAGAAGUCCCAGUCUGCAGAAAAACACACCAGCCCAGAGGCCAUAGUGAAACAGCCAUCUCAGAAAAGGAGAAGAAAGGUCACCAAAGCUGCAAGGAAGCUUGUUGAGGCUGAAACCUUUAGUUUCGCUGAGGAGACAAGCUGUGUGAUUGUAGAAGAAUCACAUGAAAGCAGAGACUGUGCAGCAGAACCAGCCAGCAGCUGUGGUAUUCUUGGCAGCGAUACAGCAGCUCUGCUGGCCCAGCUUAGUGCUGAGGCCUCUAUCACUGCUGUAACAUCAGAGAUGAAGGCAACCAAGACUGUCAGUGUUGAACAAGAUGAACAUCAUGAUGAUGGUUCCAAAUGUGGUAACCAUGGCAAACAUGAACCAGAACUGAAGAGUAUUGCCUUAUCUCCAGUUGUACCUUCAAAUGACAAAGCUAAAUUGGUCAAAACUGCUGCACGAAAUACUAGGAAGAGUCAGCAACAGGAGGCAAAGUAUUCAGAACCAGAGGAGAAAGAGGAAGAAAAGUCCUUCUGUGAUGUUAGCAUGGAGGUUAAUGUGGAUGAGGCCUCUCAGUUAAACAACAGCACAGUGACUAUCUCCUUUGAAGAGUUUGUGCGGAGUCAGAGCCAAGAAGACAUAGAAGAUGAACAGGGUAAAGGAGAUGAAAGUAAAAUCACAACAGAGGCUGAGGAAAUGGACACUGAGCAGUUGGACAUCCCAAAAGCGGAAGAAAAUGUGGGUUCUGGGGAGCCUCCUCUUCAGGUCUCGCCCCGAACCGUCACCAUCCAGGCUGAAGUGCAUGUAGUCUCACCCAAACAGGAAGCAGUCAAGCCUGUGGGAAAGGUAGCCUCUAUCUUCAACAGGAGAAGAGGAGCGAUGAGCCCUGCAGAUGUAGCGUCGCCCCCUCACACAGAGGCUGGACACCAACUUCCACCUACCUCUUUGACUGUCAAACGGAAAUCCAAUGUGGUUUUGCAAGAGGAAGAUCUAGAGCUGGCUGUGCUUGAGAGUGAGUCUACACCAAAGUGCAGUGAGGCAGAGAAGAAGCAGUUCAUGGCUGCCUUCAAACAGCCCAGCCUGGAUGGGUCCAAAACCAAGCCUGGUAAGAGUCAGGCUAAGCAGAGGCAACCUGAAGAGAAGACUGUGGAUGCUGCAGAAAAAGUUGCUGAAGAGGACACUGUAAUUCCAUCCCCUGUUGAGCAAGUCUCUGCUGCCCCUCAGGAAAAGAAGGUAGCUAAAAAGAAACCAGGAAGAAAAGGCGGAAAGAAGGGUGAAGCAGAAAAGGAAGCAGUCACCACCUCACCUGCUGUUGGACCUGCUGCUCCUCCCGCAGAAGAAAUGGUGGCCACCAACGCUGAAGUUGAUGAUAAAAGAGAGGAGCCUCUGAUCACCUCAACUCCCUCCAUCCCAGCUGUGAGGAGGUCUAGAAGAGAGGCUGUUGUCAGGCAAACCCCUAAGGCCACACCAACAACUCCUAUUAGGAACACCAAGAAACAAGACAAGUUAAAGGAUGCUGCUGCUUCACCUCAGGACACCCCUGUAAAGAUGUCCACCCCAAAGACAUGCAAGUCCAAACAUGGAGUCUUUGUAGCAGAGAUGGUGUGCCCACCUGACAAAAAAGAAAGUCCAAUCAGGAUUAAAUUUACUAGAGUCCAUCAAAAUGUUAAAGUGUCCAAGAAUGGAAGUGGCAUAAACUCUCCUUUGGCUACUAAAACAUCAAAUGACUCUAAAAAAAGGAAGCAGGCAAAGAAGUUGGUGGAGAAAGCCAUUGCGAUUCAGAAGAGUAAGAUAACUGCUGUUGAGCAGAAGAGCACCUUAAGGCGUUCGUCACGAACUGAGGCUUCCAUCACGAAGAGUUACUGUGAAGAUGAGGAUUCUGUCAUCUGCCUGGAGGAGGACCAGACCGCAACUCCUCAGACGGUACCAGAAAAGGGUAAAACCCAGAAGCAUUUACGCAGUCUAAAUGAUGUGCUAGGCAAAGCUGCACCUGUUGGCAAAGAGACCAAGGCGCCUCCAGUCUCCAAAGUGGCAUCGCUCAGCCAAGAGAAGACUGCUCGGAGGGUGUCAGCGGUGGUGUCGAUCUUUGAUGAGAGCAGCCGCGAGGGCUCUGAAAACUCCCAGGAUGAUGAGCAGUUCAGGGCACGCAGAGAGUUCUUGAAGAGCGGCCUGCCAGAGUCCUUCAGGAAGCAGAUAGCCAAGACCGCUGCCACUAAGGAGGCAUACACCCUCUCCUGUUCCUCCUUCCAACCAGUUAUACACAUGAGGCAAUCACCAAAUGAUUGCCCUCUAUGGAGUCUGCCAUGGCCUGAGUCUUCAUUACUGUGUCAUUUGAAAGAGCUUUGGAGCCAAGCGUCCAACCUACCUCUAUCUGUUAGUGGCUCCUUCUGUUUGAAGACGGAACCAUCCCCAAGAGCCUUUUGUGAAAGGGGUUCUGGCUGGAGGCCUGAGAUCUCUGAAAGUGUUCGUCAGCUUUUAAUGGAGGACAUCAGCGCCUCCAACUCUCCCUUCCCUCUUCAGAUGUUCAUGACUCGCUUCUUGAAGAGACGCACUGAUCACCAGCAACACUGCACAGCCUCGGAGGCUGCAACCAGAGUCACAAGCACCCCAUUGUCAGCUGAACCAGUAGGAGGGAAGAGGAAGAGGAUGGAUGAUGACGGAGUAAUGACAGUAAAAGUGGCUAAGAAGCAGCGGGCCGACUGUUCAGAAGAGAAUAUCUCCAUGUCUGAGCUAGAGCCAACGAAAAGGGGAGGCCGUACAAGACGAGGCAGGAGACCCAAGCUAGAGGAGGAAGAAAAAGAGAAGGCUAAGCCCUCACUCAAAACUGCUCCCAACCCGUCUGAAGACGACUCUGUAGUUGUGCUGGAUGACUUGCUUUUGGAAGAGGACACUAUGAUAAAAGAUGUAGUGAAGGAGGAGUUGUUGUGGACGGACAAAUAUCAGCCCCAGCACCCCAGUGACAUCAUAGGCAACACCGCCUCAGUAAGGAGGCUGCACAGUUGGCUGAGGGAGUGGAAACUCCGUGCAGACCGAGAAGAGAGAAAUAAGCAGAAAGAUAAGAAACAAGAGGAAGGCAGCAAUGACUCUGACUGGGACUGUGAAGAAGGGGAUUCUCAGGAUGGAGAGGACAUGUUGUGUAAUACAGUGCUUAUCACAGGACCCACUGGAGUAGGAAAGACUGCUGCAGUCUAUGCUUGUGCCCAGGAGCUUGGCUUCAAGGUAUUUGAGGUGAAUGCUUCAUCUCAGCGGAGUGGCCGUCUAAUUCUAUCCCAGCUGAAGGAAGCCACUCAGUCACACCAGGUGGACAGUCAGGGGGUCAACGCCCACAAACCCACCUACUUCAACAGCUACAGCGCUGGCACCAUCAGGCACGGAUCCUCUCCCAGGAAGGUUAACUCUCCUCGCAGGGUGGUUUCCUCUCCCAGGAAAAAUCCCCAGUCGCCAAGAGGUGCCAAAAGAAGCGGCCUGGCUCCCACCUCUUUAGCUAACUUCUUCAAAAUGGGCCGACCCGCCAACAAGGAGCCACCAAACACUAAGAAGAAUGAACAAAAGGCUGCUUCCAACAAAAUCAUGAAAGCAAAUGAAGGUAACAAUAAGCAUAAAGAUGCCACUGUAAAAUCACCAGCAUGUGCCACACCUAAGGAGAAGAAUAAUGAAGAACAGAGCAAGAAGACAGCUACCUCGCUCAUCCUGUUUGAAGAAGUGGAUGUUAUUUUUGACGAUGACUCAGGGUUUCUAGCUGCCAUAAAGACAUUCAUGACCACUACCAAGAGGCCAGUCAUCCUCACUACCAGCGAUCCUACUUUCAGCACCAUGUUUGAUGGCAACUUUGAAGAGAUCCAUUUCAAAACGCCCUCAGUGUCGAAUGCGAGCAGCUACCUGCGCCUGCUGUGUCUAGCUGAGGACAUGAGGACAGAUGUAUCAGAUGUCGACUCUCUGCUCAGACUCAAUGGCUGUGACAUCAGGCAGAGCUUACUGCAGCUGCAGUACUGGACUCGCAGUGCAGGGGGGCGCCACAUAACCAGGCCAUUGGCACACACUGGCAAAAAUGAUGAACUAAAACCAGAGACUCAUGGAGAGGCAGCAGGCAACACGUCUGUGUGUGCAGUGACUGACCCGUCCACUCUACCUCCCUGUGACACUGGCUGCACUGAGAGCAUGCUGGGCCUGCUGAAUACUGAACCUGAGAGAGACAUCUGGGAGCUGCUCAGGAGCCAGAGUCUGGUGGAGGAGGCAGCAUGCUGGGAAAUGCUGAAGGAGAGCAGUCGACGAGAAGUGAACCUGCUCUAUUCCAACAUGGAAGCCCUCUUACCUUUACCCCUCACACAGAUGACUACUUCCACCCACAGACCUGAGCAAUGUGUUUCUGUAUCACAAGACCAUUCUUCUGUCGAUGCAAAAGAGGUGCCGUCCACCAGUCUGCAGUCUGACACGCUGCCAUCCCACGCCAGGUUAUUGCACACGGCAGAGUCAGCUGAAUGCUCAGAUGAUGGCAGUCCAGUCAAAGUGUCCCACGGAAUGAGGAAGAACAAGAAGAGGCACCGCCUACCUGACCAGGAUGGACUGCAGUCUGACUCAGACUCAGAGGAGAGUUUUCAAUCACUCUACAAGCCGCAGGGUGCCCCUGAAGCAAAGGAGGAAAUCAAAGAGAGUUUAGUUUCAGAGAAGGUGAAAAGGAAGCCACUGACUCCUGAGGAACGGGUAAAAAGUCUCCCAGUCUCUCAGGGUCUAGAAUCAAUAGCUGACUUUUUAGACAACAUAUCCUUCAUGGAUGCCUCCUUGCUUCACCCAGAAGGGGGGGACAUUCACAGAAGAAUGUUACCAGUCUCUGCAGUGGUGAAAGACGGGAUGACAGAUGAGGCAAGGUUUGAUAUUGACAGAGGGAGCUGGGUGAGGGGAGAGCGCAACUUGGACAUCCAGGCUGCUGUGGAGGCUCUGAGCUUCCACAAGUGUCGGGUUUCGGUGGCGGAGGCCUGGGACAAAGCUCAACAACUAGAAGGGGAGCUGGGAAAGGAGGCCGCCGCUGAACUCAGCCUCCCUGUGGUGCAUCAUAAAGAAGGUUACAGCUUCACUCAGGACAGCCCCUGUCAACCACAGCUGGUGCAGCGGAGGAGAGAAGUUAUGGAGAGUCUGAUGUUCAGAGGAGUGUUUGGUACUCUGGGCAACAGAUCAGCAGCUGCUCUGGACUACUUGCCAGCCCUGCGAACUAUCUGCAGGUCAGAGCAGCUCAAGGAGCAGGGCAAGCUCAAACGAAGGUUCCUGCACUACCUAGAUGCGAACCAUCUGGGUCUUGAAAAGAGCACUCUACAACACCUCGCUGAAGACUUCCCCUAAAUCGCAGAGAAGACAAGACGUGUUAUCAUGAUCAUAAAGAGGCUUUAAACAAAUAUUGCCUUUUGAGUGGUCAUACUUUUAAGGCCCUUGAGUUUAGGCUGUCACGUUUACAGUAUGUGUUGCGGCAUCAGGACAGACAGUCUGGCAACGAUAUAAAUCAGUGUUGCCUGUUGUCUGUUUGUGACUCUGACCUCGGCAUGAGAUGAGGUGGUUAGCUGGUCAGUAGAUGGUCAGAUGUGUGUGUGUGUGUGUGAAGUUUCCAUGUGUACAAGAUGGAAAUGACUUCUGACCUGAAGGGCACACAACUAAAUAACCUCACAUCCCACAUGGGCCUUUUGUCUAAUCAGCACAUCUUUUGGUGCUUGCAAAGAAUGCACUAAAUAUUAAUACUUAUCUGAUUUUUUUUUUGUAAUAUUAAGCUGUGCUGGAGUGUGUGUUUUUUGUACAGUAGUGUUUUAUACUUUGUAGCCUCAUUUAUCAAUUUGCUUUGCAUUUUGCAAAGUGUUUUUAUCAAGUAGAAAUUGCUUUUGAAUACCGAGUGUCACUAAUGAUUUGUAAGAGUUUGACAUGUAAAAUAGAAUUUGUAAAGGCUGUGUGUAAAUUGUCAUUCUCCACACAAAGUACUGUUGAUGCAUUCAGGAUCUCGUUCAUUUUCAUAAAAUGCAGGCAGCUUUUGACAAAGUUCUGCUGUAUUUGUCAGCCCUAAAAGUCACCUUCACAUUCAUGGCAGUGAUUUUAAUGUUUCUGUUGUUUUUCAACCUUAAAUAUGUACACAUUCACAAUGGAGAUUUGUUGUGACCAAAUAAAGGUUUAUCACAACUAAAAACAAAUUGUUCUCAGCAGUUAUAUGUUUUAUUCUACAGUAAAAUAGUCUAUGCUGUCGUAACUACAGUGUGAUUGAUAUCGUGGGGGAAGGCAGGACAUGAAGUGAUGGUUUGCUUAGCGCUCAAAACGCUUCUACACCUGCACAGCGGGUAAACCGGUUUCGGGUGAAUUUGCUUUUUGCCUCCGUGAAUGCUUCAUCAGCAUUUAUAAUUGGAAGAAGCGCAGUCUGCGUGGAGCUAUAUUGUUAAAAGAGACAACCGCCGCUGACAAAAGGACAACCUGUUUGCGACAGUGCAGCAGGACUGGAUUGAGAGGAGGGAGUUUAUGCUGUUGUGACAUCCCUGAGUUACCCGCCGAGUCAAGUUCCAGUUUUCAAAUGGACAUUUUGUCAGUUGCGUUGCUCCACGUGUGACACUAUGUGAUCACCAUGCUGAGUUUUAACAGCGGGAUUUAUCAG